AUGCAGAAUUUGUAUAAGCAAAACUCUGAUAUUGGUUCUGCACAUUCGACAUUUCCAUUCAUUGUUGGAUCGUCAUCAUGGGAGAAUUCUACUGAAACACAUGUCCAACAGUCUACCUCCAAAAGUUUAAUCUUCAAGAUGGGCUUGCCUCUACAAAAUUGUCAUAACAGAAAGCAAUCUGGAAUUCACUUUCAAGAUCAAGAUUCGUCGUCAACUCAAUCAACUGGUCAAUCACAUUCUGAAGUCGAUAGUAUGAAAGAAGGCAACCCAUGUGGGGAAGGCAUAGUUUCAGCACAAUCGGGAUAUAAUGAAAAACAAGGGAAGCCUGUUGGUGGUCACCUGAAAUCACUCUCGUCAAUGGCAAGUCAGGGCUUUGUCUUCCCGUCACAACUUGAUUUUAGCCACCCAAUGGGUCACAUUCCAUUCCACUAUGCUGAACCAUACUUUGGUAGCUUACUUGCUGCUGCUUGUGGGCCACAAGCUACGAUUCAUCAUCCCCAGGUGAUGGGGAUUACUCCUGCUAGGGUUCCCUUGCCUCUUGAUCUUACAGAAGAUGAACCCAUUUAUGUAAAUGCAAAACAGUAUCGUGCAAUCUUAAGGAGGAGACAAUAUCGUGCCAAGCUUGAAGCUCAGAACAAACUCGUCAAAAUUCGUAAGCCCUAUCUUCACGAAUCUCGGCAUGUUCAUGCAUUAAAGAGGGCUAGAGGAUCUGGUGGGCGCUUUCUCAACAUGAAGAAGGUCCAAGAUUCCAAGCCUAAUACCACAAACCAUAGAGUGGAUGUUUCAGGCUCAGCUCAGCUACAUUUGACCAGAAAUAUGUCCGAAUCCGAAGUUCAUGAGCCUGACAACUAUAGAGAUGGUGCUUCCACUACUUCUUGCUCUGAAGUCACAAGCACUUCCAACAGUGAUAAUAUCUUUCCACAGCAAGAUUUCAGGUUCUCUGGCUACCCCUCUCACAUUGGUGGGACCAUGCAAGUUCCCUUUGUUGAUGUGCGUGGUGGUGGGAACCAGCACCAUAUUUCCCUCCUCCGGUGA